GGAGGUGGCUUUGAGGACUGGCACCGCCAGCAGGUCCUCUUCCUCAACGGACAGCUCCCCGAAGCGCCCCUGCAGCCAGCGCCGAAGCCCCCCGUCCGCCAGGGCUACUGCCGCGUGCCCAGGAUCCCCACCCCAGCCGCUCCCCCCCCAUACAGGCCCAGCAGUUGGGGUGCCGCCCGGACCCCUCCCCGUCGCAGCUGGCAGGAGCCGCAGCAGCCUUUCCAGCCCCGGCCGAGGUACGGCGGCCGAAACCCGAGGAGCGGCGUCGACUGGCUCGUCUCGGACUUCCAGGGGCUGACGUUAGCCGGCCGAGACCUUGGGCCGAGACUGCUGGAGCUUUUAGGACAGCUCAGGCCGGGGGAGAGCGUCUCGGCUCGCCACCUGGCCCGCCAACUCGAGGUCAAGAAGAAGGAGGUCAACCAGCAGCUCUACAGGCUCCUUGAGCGAGGGCAGUUGAGCAAGGCGGGCGAGACCCCUCCGCUGUGGCGCUUGGCAGGCGGUCCUGAUCCCCGGCGCGCCGUGAGAGGGGGAAGCUCCGCCGGGCAGAGAGCGCCCUUCCGGUUUCCAGCUCCGGGGGCCGCAGGGGGAGGAGGAAGCCGCUCUGCCUCGGACUCGGAGGACGGCCCCGACCCCGCCACCAUGGCCGAGCUCAAGGAGAAGAUCUGCAGCUUCCUGUUCGACGUCGCGGACUCCACGGCGCACAACCUGGCCAAAAGCAUCGGCCUGUCGAAGGCCAGGGACGUCAACGCCACCCUGGGGACCCUGGAGAAGAUGGGGGAGGUGCACCGGGAGAACACGGCCCCCCCCAAGUGGUCCCUCACCGACCACAAGCGCAAGCGGAUGCAGCUCAAGCAGAAGGCCGAAGAGGUCCGGGAGGCGGCCCCCCCGGACCCGGACCCCAAGCCCCCCGCCCCCUGCCUGGGAGCAGAGCUGCCUGCCAGCGUGCCGGCUCCUCCUCUUCCUUCGCCCUCGCCGCCGCCGCCGCCUCCCCCACCGCCGUUGCUAGAGGACGAGGAGGAGAAAGUUGAGAACGGGCAGCAAGCGGCGGAGUCCACGGAGCCGGGCGACGCCUCUCCCCCCGCCGCCCCCCCACGCAGCAAGCGGGCCCGCUACCACUGGUUCCCCAACUACGACAACUUCGAGAACGGCAAGUGGGCCACGGACGACAUCCCGGAGGACCUGAAUGCCAUCACCCACCAGGACGAGUCGCGCUGCAUCAUGGAGUCUCCGCUGUCGCCCAGCUACGCCGCCCAGUUCGACACGGCCUUCCUGUGCACCCCCUUGGAGAAGCUCGUGGCCUGCCAGAAAAAGAACCCCGUCAGCGGCUUGAUCGAGUACACCCAGUACACGUACCAGAACUGCGCGUUCGUCUUGCUGAAGCAGAGCGGCCCCUCACAUGAGCCACGGUUCAAGUUCCAGGCCGUAAUCGACGGCCGCCGAUUCCCCCCGGCGGAGGCGGGCAGCAAAAAACUGGCCAAGCAGGAGGCCGCGGCCAACGCCAUGAAGAUCCUGCUGUACGAAGUGGAGCACGAAGGGGAGGACGGCAUGGUGCUGGAGAAGCCCUCCUACGAGGAUACCUCCUCCAACGAAGCAGAGCUGGCCGAGGAAGCCGAGCCGGAGCCUGCCUCCACGACGCCCCAGCUCACCCUGCUCUCUGGGAAGAACCCCAUCAGUGCCCUGAUGGAAUAUGCACAGAAGUCGGGAAGCGUCUGUGAAUUCCAGCUCCUCUCCCAGGAGGGGCCGCCCCACGAUCCCAAGUUCAAGUACUGCGUGAAGGUGGGCGAGUGCGUCUACCCAGCCGUCGUCUCGAACAGCAAGAAGGGAGCCAAGCAGAUGGCGGCCGAGGUGGCCAUGAGGGGCCUGUCUGGGGACACCGGCGCCUCGCUUGAACAGCUGGAGGGCCAGAGCGAGCCGCUCCCCGAGGUACCUGGCGGCCCGGCGGCGAAUGUGGACGAGACCAAGGCGGCCAGCCCCCAGGGCGUCGGGGAGCUGAUCAAGUACCUGAACUCCAACCCAGUCAGCGGGCUGCUCGAGUACGCCCGGGCCAACGGCUUUGCUGCCGAAUUCAAGCUGAUCGACCAGACUGGGCCGCCCCAUGACCCAAAAUUCGUGUUCCAAGCCAAAGUGGGCGGCCGCUGGUUCCCGGCUGUCACUGCCCACAGCAAGAAGCAAGGCAAGCAGGAAGCAGCUGACAUGGCCCUCCGGGUGCUGAUUGGGGAGACGGAGAAAGCCGAACACGCCGAAGGGAUGGCCAUCGCAGAGCUGCCCGUCAGCGGAAGCACCCUGCACGACCAGAUCGCCAUGCUGAGCCACCAGCGUUUCAACGCGCUCACCGCCCGCAUCCAGCACAGCUUACUGGGGCGCAAGAUCCUGGCCGCCAUCAUCAUGAGGCGAGGGCAGGAGGGCCUGGGGGUCGUGGUGAGCAUCGGGACAGGUAACCGCUGCGUGAAGGGGGAAGAGCUGAGCCUCAAGGGGGAGACGGUGAACGAUUGCCACGCGGAGAUCAUUGCCAGAAGGGGCUUCAUAAGGUUUCUGUACAACGAGCUCACGAAGUACGACCCCUCUGCCCCAGACGACAGCAUCUUCCAGCCGCUCGAAGACGGCAAGCUCAAGAUCAAGGACGACGUCACCUUCCACCUCUACAUCAGCACGGCGCCUUGUGGGGACGGGGCUCUCUUUGACAAGUCCUGCACUGACCAGGCCAACACGGCGGGCGAGAGUCAGCACCAGCCCCUCUUCGAGAACCCCAAGCAGGGGAAGUUGCGGACCAAGGUGGAGAACGGAGAAGGAACGAUCCCCGUGGAAUCGAGCGACAUCGUGCCAACCUGGGACGGGAUCCAGCACGGCGAGCGGCUCCGGACCAUGUCCUGUAGUGACAAAAUCCUGCGCUGGAACGUGCUGGGUCUGCAGGGGGCGCUGCUGUCGCAUUUCUUGCAGCCAGUCUAUCUCCGCUCCGUCACGCUGGGCUAUUUGUACAGCCAGGGCCACCUGACCCGUGCCAUCUGCUGCCGCAUGUCCAGGGACGGCAGCACCUUCCAGGCGGGGCUCCCCGAGCCAUUUCACGUCAAUCACCCAGAGGUUGGCAGAGUCAGCGUCUACGACUCCGCGAGGCAGACAGGCAAGACCAAGGAGUCCAGCGUGAACUGGGCCCUGCCUGACGACAACGACGUCGAAGUCCUGGACGGGACGAAAGGCAAAGUCGACGGACCAAAACUGGACAUGUCCCGGGUCUCCAAGCGGAGCCUCUUUGCCCUUUUCCAAUCGCUGUGUGCCAAGCUGGAUCGCAAAGGCCUGGAGAAGCUCACCGUCUACUCGGAGGCCAAGGAAGCGGCCACCGCCUACCAGAGUGCCAAGCAGAGCUUCUUCUGGGCGCUGCAGGAGAUGGGCUACGGCAGCUGGAUUUGCAAGCCCCAGGAGGAGAAGACCUUUGGCCUGGCCGAAGUCUAGCCAGCCGGGCGUCCCUUCGUGGCUGGCGGGGGAAGGGAGGGUGGGGUGGUUUUUUUUUGGUUGGUUUUUUGUUUCUUUCCAGUGGAAGCAGGGAUAUUAUUUUAGGGUGGUGGAUUUUCUGAGGCCUUCCUUCCAAAUCAAUUGACAGCACGUUUUAACUCGGUUGGGAGGGAGGGAGGGAACUCCUCCCCCCUGUGUUUAAAUUCCCACCCACCCCUUUUUGGCAAACGUUGCAAAGGUGUGAGUGUGCGCACGAGAGAGAGAGAGAGAUCCACCAGCAUUCACCCUUGUCUGUGACCCCCUGAUUCAGGAGGCUGCCCUCCCAUUCCACCCCACCAGUUCCUGGCUUGUACAGAAAAUCCACUCUUUGAAAUACCCUUGAUUUUUCAAGCUGUGAAUCGGGGCACUGUCUGAGCGGCACUGUCAGUCUUUCCCGCAGCUGUCCUGCCCUGCCUGGAUUGCUGGAGGAGGUCACAGGACCCCUUUCUUCUUUCACUGAGCUGGGGGGUGCGCUGCCGUUCCCUCCCCGCUGCCCCUUUCGUCUCCCAAUUCCUCGGGGCCCCAGCACCGUUGCCUGUCACCAGCAGGCCGUGCUGACGUUUCUACUGGUCAGCCCCCAACCCUGAAGCCGUGGCGUGGGGCCCAGGUGCAAGGCGGAAGCCCAUUCCCCAGCCUCCCCCAACCGCAUUCCAGCCUGUCUCAAACUCCUUGGUCCUUGCCGGCUUUUUCUUUUUCACCGGGCUCUCGUUCUGGGUGCCAGGUGUGCACUGACAGCUGUCGUCUUCAGGCUGCCUUGACUUCCCAGAUGGGGUGCAGCCCGCGGGCCCUACCUCCUUCCCCCCCUCCGCUGAGCUUCCAUCGAAAGGCAAUUCAGAAGGCCUUCGGGGGGCGGUGGAUCCAGGCACUGUCCUUUUGAGUGAGGGGCGGCGUCCAUAUUCCUCCUCCCCACCCCCCCGGCCAGGCCAGGGCGUUAGAAAGGCUCUUGACGGAAGCCGGGGAGGGUUGCGCUGAGCGCUGCAGCAGCUGGAAGGGGCCGGUGGUUCGCUUGUGCCUGUGGCACUGCAGACUGACUCACGCGCCCAGUCGAUGAGAAUCCUGUUCUGUCUUCUUCGUCUUCGCCUGUGGGAGAGCUCUGCUGCGGCCUCCGCCCCCCCACAAAGAGGACUUUUGAGGGGGAGAAAGGUCCCUCUUGUUUACCCCCCUCACUCCUGCGUCCUGUGGUAAAACCGCCGGGAUUAAGAGCGAGGAAGGUCCCUGCCCAUCGAAAACUAAGCUGGCAGGAAGCAGGCCAUGCUGGUUCCCUCCAGGCUAGCUUUCUGUCUGUGGGGAGGUCUCUGUGUGUGUGUGUGUACAGCUUAGCGUUCAGUUCGGCAAGGGUCCCUCCUUGCUGGCCUCUUCAGGUGCGGUUGGCACAGACGAGCCUGUGGCUCUCUGAGGGAGAGGUGUCCAGCUAGCAACUGCCAACACGCGGAGGAUGUGGUGUUUUUUCUGCCCCUCACCCCCAGCAAAUCCUCUUUGCACCCGGUUUGGGUUGUUGGCAGCCCCCAAGUUGGCUCUUGGUGAAAUCCUCCCAGCCCCGAUGCUCCCGGCAGCCCCACCUUCAUCCUCUCCAAGGGCAUGUCCGGAAAGGCAGAAUCCCCACAGACUGCUCCAAGGCUACCAUCUCCAUCUCCCCACUUCCCCUUGCAUCCGGGCCGUUGCUGUAGUGGUGUUUCUGGGGGACCCCUCUUUAUGCAGACGCCGUCUCCCACCUGGAGGUCGCCUCUCCUCUCCGUCUUUCUCUCCGCCAUGCUCCCCCAGCGCUCCCCUGCCCCACGCAGUUCAUAAUUCCGCCCCCCACUAGUUGUUGAAGACUCUUAGCGAGCAGAUGUAAAUUUAUUCAUAGCAAAAUCUGACUUCCUUCUCCCCUCUUCUGCCGCCGACACUGUCGUAAUUCAGGUUUUUUUUUCCUCUCUCCCCCCCCCUUUUUUUUUGGUAAGUCUGCUUUUAAGUGCCCCCUCUAGAUACGGUCAUGUUGACAUUUUGAAGACAUCACAUUCCGCCUGAAAUAAAUUUUUUUUUUUCUGUA